UUUAACUCAAAUUAAAAAACAGAAAUUACUAAAAUUUUAACGUUUAUAUAAAUGUGCUAUUAAAUUACAGUGGUCUACAAAUAUCGACCAUUGUUUUGGUUAAAUUUGGGAGUAAAUGAUGCAGGGAAACAUGUCACAACAACUGGGAAACAGCCAUCGCAGGUUUCUACAGACCUUGAUGACCUGUGGCAGUGUUGACGAACCUGGAGCUCGAUCUCUCCAUCAGCACUGCUGUGAAACACACAACACCCAGUAUGUCCCUGACCAACUGGACAAUUUCAUCAAUGCCAUCAACUCAAAGCUGCAGCCCUUGUUUAUGCAGAUCAGAAAAGGCAUGUCUGAAGAGAGUGGUCAACAACACUACGCUCUGGUAAACAUGGCUGAGACCGAAGUGACCAGGAUGUCAUCAGAUUAUACCGAGAAUGAGCUGGAGCUGUUCAGGAAAACCAUUGACCUGAUCGUGGCCUCAGACAAUGGUCUAGCGUUAUCCACUGACAUCCUGAACAGUGCUGACACCUUGACCACAAAAAAACUAAAAAAGACAGAGACGGAGCAGCUGUUAAAGCGACUGGUGCAGGACAAAUGGCUCUGUGAGAAACAAGGCGAAUAUACCUUGUCUACCAGAUGUAUCAUAGAGAUGGAGCCGUACAUACGCACGAUGUAUCCAGAGCAGGUCAAAGUGUGUCACAUCUGUCACAACAUUGUUUUUCAGUGCCAAACUUGUGAAAAUCCUGUUUGUGGAGUAAAAAUUCACUUCCCCUGUGUGGCCAAAUACUUUAGAGGAAGGUCAGUGCGCCGCUGUCCGGCUUGUGAUGACGCCUGGGAACAUGAAGUACCUGAAAUGAAACGAAGGUCAAGGUCUCAGUCCAGGAGAUGAAAGAAUCCCACUUUAAAUGUUUCUAUUUGUCUCUUUUUUUAAACAAAAUAAAUAUAUAUUUUGCAUCAAAA